CCAAAAAGCUGGCUCGUACUUUCUCUCCAGCAAUAAUUGCUUCCUCGCUAGCAUUAAAUGCCUCCUCCUUUUGGCCGUCUCCUUCUCCCUCUUUCCAUCACCUCAACGACUCCAUUUAAUAACAUUACUGACUAAUACUGUUAAUGACUCCUGCCGCAUUAUCUUUACUCCGGCUUUCCCCCUUCCUUAAUUAAUUGUUCUCUCGCUCGCUACUUGCUAUUCUUCUCUUAUUUACUCUAUCUCUCGUUCCUUCCUCUCCCAGUACUCUCCUACUUCUCCUUAAUGGCGACGGAUGUGAGUUCUUUGGCGAGUAUUCUUAGUGCGUACAAGGAGGAGGAAGGGGAGGGGAAGGGGGAGAGGGAGAGGAAUCUCGUCCCAAACCGCGAUUUCAUUGGUGGUUGUGGCGGCGGUGCUGUCGGUGUGGAUAUCAAUUUCCGGGUCCCUCCUGCCGGUUCAGAGAAACGCCUCGAUUCACCGACCGGUAGGAUACACCUUCAGAAGUCCGGCCCGUCUCCGGCGAACGGCGAGCUCCAGGACCUCAACCUCCCGCCGGCCUGCGACGUCGCCGGAGCUGGCGGCGUCGCCCCUCCGCCGGAGGACUCCGCCGCCAUGAACCUCAACCUCGUCGCUGAGUACCACAGCGUUUGCACCCUCGAGAAGGUCAGGCACGCCCUCGAGAGGGCGGAGCGCGAAUCUCGAGGGAAGCCGCAUCAGCGAAAAAUGGACGGUUCUCCUUCGUCCUCGUCGUCGUCGGCGGCCUCGACAUCAUCGCUUAAGCGGCCCGAGGAGGAAUUGGACGGCUCUGAUUCGUCCGGUGGGUCCUUGAUGGCCGCGAGGUGCCCCAGAUGCCUUUUCUACGUACUGGUGGCCAAUCGGGACCCUCGGUGCCCUGGGUGUCGCUCGCACGUGCCGGUUUCCGCCAUAUACAGGAAGAAGCCUCGGAUCCAGCUUUAGUUCACCCAGUGACCAGCUUUAAGUCCCUCAGAAAUAUAGAAUAGCUUCUUUUAUUUAGUUCUCUUUUUUGGAAAUGAGAAAAGAAGCUCUCGCAGUUUAGGGACUACUUUUGUUUCGUUAUUUGAUACUGUUUUAUUUGUAUUUUAUUUAUAUUGUGGACUAAAAAUAAACAUAAUCUUGUAAAUUAAAUUAUCAUUGUUGCCUUUUAAAUGUAUUCUUGUGUUGGUAAAGAAGAAUGGUAGGAAGGAGGGAUGCUUCAUCAGCUAAAGCGAAAAGCUAAGAAAGGAUUUAAGUAAUUAUAGAAUUUUGAAAAAAAAUUAAAGAAGCUAUGAAUAUUCAGAUAUUUACAAGCUUUUAUUUAUAAGCAGGUAUUGGAGAGG